UUAUCGUAUAGUACCACGAUCAAUUCUAUUUUUCCUUAAUUUUUCUUUUUCUUUUCUUUUUAAUGUACAGUACAAGUUUAUAUGUUGUUUAUGUUAAUUUAGCACAAUAUGGUCUAAAUAAUAGUAAAACAUUUCCUAGAUAUACGUACAAUAUAAUAUAUUAAUGGAACUUUGUGUCUACUAUACUAUUUAAAUUAAAAUAUAUAAAAUUCAAUAUUUAAUUACACUAGCUAAUAAACGUACUUGAAGAGCAUUUCUCAUAUAUAAAUGUUACUGGUCGAUGAUAAUUCAGCUAGCAAAGAAAAUAAUAAGGAUGAUAAGUACUAGAAAACAACGUGUGAUGGUGGUACCAUGUCCAGCCCAAGGCCAUGUGAAACCCCUCGUACUCUUUUCUCACAAGCUUGCCCAACAUGGCUUUAGAAUCACUUUCGUUUACACCGACUUCGAUCACAACCGAAUCUCGAGUGCCAAGAAAGAUGACGACGACGAUGAUAAUAAUAAUAAUAUUGAGUUUGUGUCAAUCCCAGAUGGGUUGAGGCCAGAAGACGAUAGAGGUGAUCUAGGCAAUUUAUGUAAAGCAAACUUGGAGACUAUUCCUGCAGAGGUUGAAAAACUCAUUACAACCAUAAAUGGUAGUUCGAAUAAUUACGAAAACAAUAUUAGUUGUUUGGUUUCUGAUGUUUAUUUAGGAUGUGCUAUGGAAGUUGCUACUAAGUUGGGUAUUAAAGGAGCAGUAUUCUGUCCUUCCUCUGCUGCUCUUCUUGUCCAUGCCAGGUAUAUACCAAACAUGGUAAACCAAGGGAUCAUGGAUGAGUCUGAUGGAACUUCAAUCCAUAAACAAAUAAUUCAACUAUCUCCUAACAUGCCUAGCAUAAACACAGAAAAAUUUCCAUGGACUAUUGAUGGUUCAACAAAACAGAAGAGAUUGUUUCAAGUUUACUUCAAAGCAUGUCAAGCCUCAGAAAUAGCUGAAUGGUGUCUCUGUAAUACAACUUAUGAUAUCGAAUCUUCUGCGCUUUCUUUAAAUCCAAAGUUUCUUUCAAUAGGCCCAUUAAUGGCGAACCAAGCUAAUAACUCAUCAGAUAUUCCAGGGUCACAAUUUUGGGCUGAAGACUCAUCUUGUUUAAAUUGGCUUGAUCAACAAAAGCCUUGCUCAGUCAUAUACAUUGCAUUUGGUAGCUUGACAAUCCAUGAUAAUACUCAAAUUCUUGAGCUAGCUCGAGGGUUAGAACUCAUUGGUAAGCCUUUUCUUUGGGUUGUUCGUCCGGGUUUCAUGUCCGGUGAUCUUGGACAUGAGUUUGACCCAAUUAGAAUUUUAGGCAACAAUAAUUUUGGAAAAUUGGUAAGUUGGGCACCUCAACAAAAGGUUUUGAGUCACCCUUCUAUUGCUUGUUUUGUAAGUCAUUGUGGUUGGAACUCAACUAUAGAAGGUUUAAGCAAUGGAGUACCUUUUUUGUGUUGGCCUUAUUUUGGUGAUCAAUUUUUGGAUAAAGCAUAUAUAUGUGAUGUUUGGAAGGUUGGAAUAGAGCUUGAACCGAGCGAAAGUGGAAUCAUCCUUAGUCAAGAAAUAGAAAUUAAAGUGAAUAAACUUUUAGGUGAUGAGGAAAUAAGAAAAAAGUCUAUCCAAUUGAAGGAAAUGAUACUGAAGAAUAUAGCUAAAGAUGGUCAAUCUUUUAAGAAUUUGGACAAAUUUAUCAAAUGGUUAGAGGAGACAUAAUAUAAUGAUCAUAUCCUUCUAGUUUUGUUUGGAGUUGGCUACAAUAAAGACGUCAAGAUUUGACUCAAAUUAUUUAUUUCUUUACUUCUUUAUCUAUAUUUGUAAAGUUGCAAUUUAUUUUUGGGUGUUAAAAGAAAACUCUUGGUGAUCAAGUUUUGACGAGUCUUCUAGAAGAAGCUUUGAAAUGUCUUGGUCCUUAAGUUGUCUUGGUGCUUAAGUUUUAAUUUGUAACUUUAUAAAUGUGUAUUUUGUGUGUUAAAGUAUGUGUGGAGAAAAAUAUAGUGAGUUGUGAAAAAAGAAGUGUGAAUUUAUUGUUUGAUGAGAGUGAAGAAACAAAUAGUGUAUUGGGAUUUAGGUAGAGAGAUUGAGAUAUAGAACAUUUAUGUAAUUUAAAGUGAUAAGUGAACUAUAUCUUUUUUAUGGGUUUGGUAAUUUUACUAGACAGAGUAAAUUACUUUA